AUGUCCGGAAAACGUUCGCGAGCAACAUACGAAGCAGAUUUACAGGCCCAACAAUCACCUUUCGUAGUAUACGGAACUCCAUUACCGCCGCGAGAUGCAGAUGUACGAGAUGAUGGGUCUUAUGUACCAGUGUGGAAGCAGGAAGUUCGCGAUGAGAGGGGUUUGAAAAGAUUACAUGGUGCUUUCACUGGUGGUUUUAGUGCAGGAUACUACAACACUGUAGGAUCUAAAGAAGGAUGGACGCCCUCGACUUUCGUUUCCUCUCGAUCGAAUCGAAGUAAAGGUGCCCCGAAAGCACCGCAGCAAAGACCAGAGGAUUUUAUGGAUGAUGAAGAUAUUGCAGAUGCUGCAGAAGCGCAACGAGUACAAACGGCAGAGGGAUUCGCCGGACUUGGCUCUACGCAAGAUGAUGCAAUUCGUAAAGGCGCAUUUAUUGAUCUUUUCAAGGUUGAAGGGGAGACGAUGGGUGUAAAAUUAUUGAAGAAAAUGGGUUGGAAAGAGGGACAGGGAGUAGGCCCGAAGGUACGGCGAAAAGCUCGUUUGGAUGGAAUGGAAAGGCCCGGUACAGAUGCCGAUGCGACAUAUCUCUUUGCGCCUGAAAAUACCCGUAUGAUUAGAUUUCUUCGAAAGGAUGAUCAUAAGGGCUUAGGUUUCGAUGGGGAAACAAAGUUGACCCCAAUAAAUGGACUUGGGUCUGAGAAAGAGAAAUCGGAGGACGAGGACGAUGACCGAUCCUUUUCAAUAGGGCCUAAAUUUUCAAAGAAGAAGAAGAAACCUGCGAAGGGUGGCAUUGGGAUUGGUAUACUUAAUGAUACCGGCUCAGACGACGAAGAUCCUUAUGAAAUUGGACCACGAAUAUCCUACAAUCGAGUAAUUGGGGGAGAUAAAAAGAAAAAGAAACCAAUAUCACCAGCGGCGAAUUCAUUGUUGAAAUCCAAACCUGUAUUUAUAUCGAAGAAGACUGCUAUGGCCAAGGCAGCUGCUGGGCUACGGAAAUGUCACGAUGGUCGCUUACCCCUGGAUGGAUUUAUUCUGAGUAAUGACUCGACAUCAAUGUCGGAAACACUUUCAAAAUAUCCACCGCCCACAAUUCCUGAAGGAUGGAAAUCCGCCAAACAAUCAAAAUCCGAAUCCACGCUUUCACAAUAUCUAUCCACCUCAGAAGCAGCAAAAUUAUCUAAACUGGAUCCUAAGUCUAGAGCAUCUAUCCUUGGGGAAGCAGCUUUACCUGGGAAAUCUGUAUUCGAUUUCCUUUCCAGCUCUGCUCGCGAUCGAUUAGCUGCGGCUUCUGGGAGAUCCAAUCUACCCCAAGCAUUAGGCGAAAUUCCUGAAGGGUAUGCCAUGACUCUUGAACAACGGCAACAAGAACUUCUCUCUCAAAUCCCUAAAAUCGACAAAUAUACUGCUGAAGCAGCACUUAUGCGUUGCUCAAGCGUCUAUGGUGAAGAUGAAGCAAAACGUAUUCGUUAUCGUGCUUACCUCGAACACCAAGCUGGUAUUGUAACGAUAUUACCGGAAAAGGGGAUGCUAACGAAUAAAGAAGAUUGGCUAAAAGAAUUAAAAGAAUUCGCUAAUUGCGCAAAGAUAUUCAAACCAAUGACUGGAUUAAUGGCUACCAGAUUCACGAGUUCUUCUUCAAGUACAAUAAUACCCGGACAAGAUGGUGCAGCAAAAGAUCUUCUGAGUAAACCAGAAGUCAAAGAAGAUCCAGCAGAACAGGCUGCAAAAAUGGGUAUGUAUGGUCCGAUGACUAGGGAGAAGAAAGAUUGGUUCCCAACGAGAUUAUUGUGUAAAAGGUUCAAUGUUCAACCACCAAAACAUGUACAACCUUCAACAGAAGAAGAACGUGGAAUGGCAAAAGAAGCGCCAUCGGAUUUGGUAACGAGGAGAGAAAUCGAAAGAAUGAUGAUUGAAGCUGGAAAUGGAAAUGGAAAUGGAACUGGAACUGGAACAGGGUUCCGAGAACAGGAAAUCAAAAAAGAGGAGAUGGAUGAUAAUUUUGAUCUUGGGGAUGUGGUAAUUAGGAAUGAGAAUGAAGGAGAUGAGCAGCCUGUAGUAGUUGAUGCGGAGAGAAAUGAUGCGUUAGAGGGUCAGAAGGCUUCGGAUGCGGUUUUUAGGGCGGUUUUUGGGGAGGAUAGUGAGGGGGAGGAGUAG